UCAAACCCAGCGCCAAAUCCCCGCCAGGACGCCAUCUUGGUGGACGGCUGAUGCCUCUGUGUACACCCAGAUGUAAACAAUCACACUAUGCCAUUAAGGAGAAGACAAUAUCCUCGUUAAGUGUAUUGGUAAAUGAGAAUUAUAAUGAGAAGACAAUGUGCAGUCAUCAAUAGAGUGAAAGAUAUUGAUGUAAAGUGAAGUACUAAUGAGAAGACAAUACUGGCAGAUCUUUUAGCCAUUAGUGAAUCUCUUUAUUUAUCUCCAGUUAUUUAGACUUCAUAUAACACCAACUUGUUAGAAGAAGUAAAGAAAUAAAACAAGAUGUUUUAUGCACAUUUUGUGCUAGCCAAAAAAGGCCCUUUGGCCCGAAUUUGGUUGGCUGCACAUUGGGAUAAGAAGCUCACUAAAGCUCAUGUAUUUGAGACAAACAUUGAGAAAUCUGUGGAUGGUAUUCUUCAGCCCAAGGUGAAAAUGGCGCUGCGCACAUCAGGCCAUCUGCUGCUGGGUGUGGUGCGCAUUUACUCACGAAAGGCCAAGUAUUUGUUAGCUGACUGUAAUGAGGCCUUUGUCAAGAUCAAAAUGGCCUUCAGACCAGGAAUGGUAGAUCUCCCAGAAGACAUCAGAGAAGCAGCUGUCAGUGCUAUUACCCUUCCAGAAGUAUUUCAUGACUUUGAUACAGCUAUGCCUGAGCUCAAUGAUGUGGAUAUACAGGCUCAGUUUACCUUAAACCAGUCUAGAGCAGAGGAGAUUACCAUGAGGGAGGACUAUGGUAACAUCUCCUUAGUCACAGGUGAUGAUGGCUUUGGUGAUAUGGGCUUUGAAGAACCACCUGAUAUUAUGAGAGAUGCCUCUGCUAUGGAUCGAACAUUGGACCAUCCCAAUCUUAUUUUUGGUGACAAUACCCCUUUAGACAAAGAAAAAGAGCCUAGUGCAUCCAAAGAACAGGACUCAAGAUUAUCAACGGCACGAGCUGAUACAUCUGCACUAGAUCUGGAGGCACCUAUCAGAGAUGAUGGUUUUGGUGGUAAUUUAGGACAAGAUAUCAUUGCUGGUGGGUUAUUUGAGGGGGGUCUUUUCGAUGAUACUCCCAUCGGGGAUGGUCCAAGUCUGGAUGAACCAAAAGAAGAAAGACAUGAUGAUUCAGAUGAUGAUGUUGGUGAUUUAGAUAGAUUUGGUGGACCCCCUUCUGUUGGACCACCCAGCUCAGCUGAUGGAUCACGGCCUUCCUCCCCAAAACCAGAGGCUCAAGACCCAGUAGAUCAGCCUGAUGCACCUCCUGAAGAAAACCAAGAGGCUGCCCCUUCUGCUGCAAAUGAUGAAGCACUUGUAGGACAUGAACAGACAACAUUGUUACAGAAUGAAGAAGAAAGUUUUGCACUUGCCCCGGUAGAUGCAUCUGCAAUUAAGUCUGGAUGGCCACGUGCCAAAAGGAAGAGGAAGUUGAUUGUAGAUGAAGUGAAAAAUAUCUCUGGUGAGGAGAUGAAGGCUCAGCUUUCUGACACCACUGAUAUUGUAACUACCUUAGAUCUUGCUCCACCAACUAAACGUCUCAUGCACUGGAAGGAAACAGGUGGAGUGGAAAAAUUGUUUGCCUUACCUGGUCGUCCGAUAUAUGCCCGAUCAUUGGCCCGCAUGUAUCAGAGGCAUCUCACGUCAGAACCUGCUCCAAAUGAAGACUUUGGAAUGGCAGGAGACAGAGAGUUGGAGAAUCUAAGUCUGGAAGUGGUUCGUGAGGCAGAAGAUCCAGAUACUGCCACAGCACCCAAAACAAGAGCAAGAAAUGCCAAGAGAAAGCAGCCUGAACCAGACCCAGAGGAGGAGGAAGAGCUACAGAUCGUGAAUGUUCAUACAAGAAGUCGAGAUGCAGCAGCAAACAAUGAAUUAAUGUCACCACAGCCUCCUCAAACCCCAGCACCUCCUGCAUUGGUAGAGGAACAGCAGGAGCAACAGCAGCCACCACAACAGCCAGAAGAGACACCGCAGCCACCACCUCAGCCUGAGAUAAUCACACUGGAAGAGCUCGCGGAAGUGAAUCCUCCACAAACUCCAGGAGCAGUUAAUGAUCUUGCUGCCACAAACCAAGAUACACCUGCCAACCAAACACCAACACAAAAUGUACCCUUCCAAAGUCCAGGUCAACCACAAGGGGAAAAUACAGAUGCAAACCAGACGCCAGCGCACACCACACCAUUCCAGAGUCCUAUGCACGCAGAGAUGGAGAAUCAUGGAUACAUGGAGAAUCAACCUCCUUUGGAAAACCCAGGGUACGAUGGGUCACAUCCCCCAGCAAACACUCCCGGUGGCAUGUCCGACGGUGGACCUCGAUCUAAUUACUCUGAGCGUCCAAAUACUCCCACUGCUGUGUUGAGGCAAGAGGAGGAGGAGGAGGAGGAGGAACAGUUAGACGAUGAGACGUACGAACAGUUUGAAGAACGUGUGGUUAAUAAAAGAGCUGGCCAGAUGUUCCUUAGCAUUAAGAGGAGGCUAAGACAGAACAACAUCCUGUUCUCUGAUUUGGCCCAUAAUAAUAACAGAAAACAGGUGGCUCAGAAAUUCUACACCAUGCUAGUACUAAAGAAAUUACAAGCUGUGGAACUCACACAAGAAGGACCCUUCACAGAAAUGUUUGUAAGCAAAGGUGCUCUUUUUGAGAAUGCAUCUUUGUAAUCCCAACCUAAACUUCUCAAAAAUGGGUUUAUAUUGUGCCUAAAAAGGACCAAGAGGCUAUUGUAAAACUGUGCCUGGAGAACUUUAUUAGCAUUUAAAAAUUUAAGCAGUGUACCCAUUUUCAUGAGAGAUGACCCUGUAAGACUGGUCCAUAAGCAAAGACGGUAGGCUGUUGAAUUAAAUAUUUAUUUAAUUUUUUUCCUAAUUUGAGUCAGUGGUUAUUACCACAUGACAUAAAGUCAAUAUGUUGAAGGUGUCAUGCACAAUCCAGUUUACAAGUACUAUACCAAUGUAAUCCAUUGAGCACAUUUUUAAUUUGGAGUAAUGAAAUUUUGCAAAAAAUUGGUGAUUUCAUGCAUACACCUUUUAUUUUCUUCUUAAUAUGAUUUAUUGGUGUGCACUUUGAACACAAAUGGACUGGAUUUUUUCUCAUUAAUGGUAAUGCAGUAGGUGAUUAGGGGUCAUACAGCUGUAUUGUGCAUAAUUAAUCAUCAGAGAUUGUACUUUGGUACAGUAGCAGUUUGAUAGAUCAUCUACUCAUCCCUCCUUUAGUUUCUAAUUGUAGUCUUAAGUUCAGUUAUGGUUUUUGCCCAUGAGGUAUGUAUUUUAAAUUAGUAGGAAUCAAGAACUUCAUAUUGUAUAAUUAUAUUAAACCAACAUUUCAUUUCUUGUAAGAUUUCAUUCUGUUUACAAUAAUUUUUUUAAUAUUCAAAAAUAGAAUUUAACAAGUUCAUUAAUUGAGUUUCUGAACACAAGGAUUCAGUUAUAGUCACCAUAGAUUAUACAAUCAUGACAGUAAGUCCAGGUGAAUGAGUAUUCCUGUUACUUUUUAAUUUAUUAGUUUUGAAUGAUUUAAAUUUCCUUGAACAUGAGAUGUUUUAAGCUCCUGCCAGUUGAUGGUAUAACUUGGUGAUUUUUAAGUUAUUCUUAAAUAUAUUGGAGAGUAUUACAGGAGGUAAGGAAGUAAUUUUCACUUAGUUUGCACAUGUCUUAAUGGUCAUCAGUAAUGUCAUUGAUAAUGGGAAUUGUGUGGUCUUGCACUUGGUAAACAAAUUGUAUUUUGCUUUAAGACAAGGGUUUCUGACAAAAUUUUGAUGCAGAUUGUGGCAAAUGCACAAAACAAUAUUACUCUUUACACUCAUAAAGCUCCCUAAUGCACUGAAGUUGUUCUUCAGGUUAACUUUUCCCCAUUUGCAUAUGCACUUCGUCCUGCAUGUUGAGGUACAAUACAUGCACAGAUGAUACAGAGCAAGGUGUGUAAUGAAGUACAAAUCACAGAUAUUGUUUCCUUUAUGCAUAGUAACAGCAGAUGUCUCACUAGCAUUGCAGUUGAAGUGGCCUCUUGUCCGUAAUGUUAGAUAAGAUUUAUAUUUGAAGACGAGUGCUUCUCUAAGUUGCUGGUUAGAUAUCUGUUAACACAUAAUAGUAAAUUUAUAUUGAACUAUGGAGGACUUUUCCCCUCUGCUGGUUAAAUGUCUUUGAAUAUUAAGUAAACAUAUAGAAUGCGGUUCCAUUGUCAUGGUGAUCAAUAGCAUUGGCAGUGAUUUUUCUGUGUGUGAGAGGAUGUGUAAAAUUUGUGAACAUGUGUAGAAAUUUCUUUUCAUUUGUGUUUUGUGUGAUUGUGUGUGAUGAAAGUGUACAGUGUACAAAUGUAUGUCAUGGGAUCCUUUUAGUGCAAGAUUUUGAAAGCUCAUUUUGAUAGAGAUUUGAAAUGGGCAAUUGUUGUUCAUGAUUCUGCAUGGGAGGGAUUAUUGGUAGGUAUAUUAUGUGUGAUAUGAGGGUAACGGAAAACAGAUCACGUUGUGUUGGCAUAUAAAGGAAGAAAAUUUACAUACUUUAUUUUUAGUGUUAUCUCCAGAUUGGAUGUAAAAACUAAACAAAAAUUCAGAGUAUUUAUAGAAAAUUUUAUUAAAAGUAAAAUUAAAGGCA